GUCGCUUUAUAACACACACACACACACACACACACACACACCUGCUGUGAGUCGAGCUGAAGAUUCCUCUCUCUCUCACCACAUUAAAUAAACAUGGCUAACUGGAUCGUAAACCAUGGACUGGAAACCUUUAUUUUGGUGGUCUGGAUGGGCAUCAACAUCUUCUUGUUCGUUCACUUUUAUCUGUUCUAUGAUUUGGGGCCGCAGUUCUUCUACACCCGUGUGCUGAUCGGGUCUGCACUGUCGUGGGCAAGAGCUCCUGCUGCUGUUCUCAACUUUAACUGCAUGCUCAUCCUCCUGCCUGUGUGUCGCAACCUGCUGUCUCUGAUCCGUGGUUCCUUCAUGUGCUGUGGACGAACCUUACGGAAACAGCUGGACAAAAAUCUUACGUUCCACAAACUGGUCGCCUACAUGAUUGCCUUGAUGACUGCGGUUCACACCAUUGCCCAUUUGCUGAAUGUGGAAUGGUUCAUCAGUAGCCGUCAGGGACGUUUUGGUCCCCUUGCCGGUAACCUCUCCAUGCUUGGGGAUGAUGACAAUCACAAUCAUGAUCACGAUCACGAUCACGAUGAUGAUGAUGAUGAUGAUGAUGAGACUUUCCUCAAUCCUAUCCGGUCCGACUCUACGACACCACUCCUAUUUGCAUUCACUACCAUUGCUGGCCUUACAGGAGUUGUGAUCACCCUCGCUCUCAUCCUUAUGAUUACUUCAUCGAUGGAGGUGAUACGGCGAAGCUACUUUGAGGUGUUCUGGUACACUCACCACCUCUUCAUCAUUUUCUUUGCAGGCCUGGUCUUUCACGGGGCAGGGCGCAUUGUGCGAAGUCAGACGGAUGACCCACCUCACAACACUAGCUUCUGCAAAGAUUAUCCAGAGAAGUGGGGUAAAAUUCCUCAAUGUCCCAUUCCUCAGUUUGCAGGAGGGUUUCCUCAGACUUGGAUGUGGGUGAUUGGUCCGAUGAUCAUUUACAUAUGUGAGAGGCUAUUGCGCUUUAUCCGCUAUAUUCAAACUGUAAAUUACAAAAAGAUUGUGAUGCAUCCAUCCCAAGUCCUCGAGCUGCAGUUAGUGAAGUCUGGAUUUAAAAUGGAUGUUGGACAGUAUGUCUUUUUGAACUGUCCAGCUAUCUCCCAACUCGAAUGGCACCCAUUUACAAUGACAUCAGCCCCUGAGGAGGACUUCUUCAGCUUACACAUCCGCUCAGUCGGGGACUGGACUGAGAAGCUCAUCAAGAUGGUAGAAAAUUUACCAGAGGGGAGUCAAGGACCCAAAUUGGGUGUGGAUGGUCCAUUUGGAACAGCCAGUGAAGAUGUGUUUGAUUACGAGGUCAGCAUGCUGGUGGGUGCUGGCAUUGGCGUGACCCCAUUUGCUUCCAUCUUGAAGUCCAUUUGGUAUAAAUUUAAAGAUUCCAACCCCAAGCUACGCACCAGAAAGAUUUACUUCUAUUGGUUGUGCAGGGAGACACAUGCCUUUGAGUGGUUUGCAGAUUUGCUUCAGGUGCUUGAGAAGGAGAUGGAGGAGAGAGGCAUGAAGGACUUUCUUACAUACAAACUCUACCUCACUGGAUGGGACCAUACACACGCAGCCCAUGUGAUGGUACAUUUUGAUAAAGACACUGAUGUUAUCACUGGUCUGAAGCAGAAGACUCACUAUGGAAGACCAAACUGGGAUAAAGAAUUUGAACAAGUUCGACAAGAGAACCCCUCGUCAGUGGUUGGUACAUUCCUGUGUGGCCCAGCCUCCUUAGCUGAAGAUUUGGAAAAGAAAUGUGUGAAAUAUUCUAACGUUGAUCCACGGAAGACUAGAUUUUACUUCAACAAAGAGAACUUUUGAGCUGUUGUUGGUAGCAACCAGUUUAACCAGAAGGACAAGCUCUUCAGUAUUCCAUUCCCUUUCCAGCGGGAGCUGAUGCAAUGUCUCGAUGGCUGCCUGCAUGUGGAGUCCUGAAAUAAUUUAGAAACUAACUAAACUGAUAAGUCUGCAGAAACAAAAUAUCUGUCCUAGUCCUGUCCAAGUUCUGCACAGCAAAAGCAUAGACUCAGCAAUGCCUGAGCUAUCUGUAAUAGUUAUGGCAUUAGCCUGCUGAUCGAUAUAGUAAAAAAUUCAGGAUCUCCCCCAGACCCCUGCUCAACAAUCACACUGAGCCUGUGUGUAUUAUUCUGCAUAUCAAAUGAUCUCCUUUAUCCUACUUUGACAGACAUCUUCUUGAAGUGACAUAUUUUUGUAGGCAAGUUACAUAAUUAUAUUACAAUAUAAUUAUUUUUUUUUUAAUGAAGGCAUGUAUGCAACUAGAUAUCUUUAAGACCUUUCUUUGCAGGAGUUAUGGUAUUUUCUUUAAUCUGGGUGUGGCUUUCUUGCCUUGGUACUGACAAGUCAUCUGGUAUGAAGGAAGUAAUUGUGGUGUUCUGGGUUCAACACUAUAGUUACAAAAAAAAAUAAAUAAAGGAACUCAUUAAACAUAUCCACAUGACUCUCGAUUUUGCAAUGUUAGAGUGUGUAUUUGGCAUUGUGGUUUUUUUUUUUUUUCCACAGAAAACUUUGCCACUGGAGACAUGGGGAAAGAUAAACUUUCUUAGAAAGUGUUAUUUCAUUACAGCCACAUCAGAUUAGUCACACUAGAUCAAUCACUUCCUUAUUCGUGUUGGUUUCACCCGCACUGGCAUGAA